AUGUCAGAUUACAACCGCCGGCGCACCUCUGGCUCUGGAGGACGGUCGGCCCUGGGGUACUGGGUGCCGCUGGUGAUCACUGUUGGAGUUGCGACAGCCGGACUCGCUGCCUGGAUCUGGAGCGAGCGCCAGGGCGACGAUGACGACGAAGGGCUAGGCUACCACGAUGGCAACUCUCCCAUCACGAUGGAGCCGGGGACUGGGGAUGCGUACUCGAGGGGUGUCACGACAGCCACCGAUGGCGGCGCGCGAGCGGACGACGGGAGUGUGAUAUCUCGCGUCCAGGGAGCCUGGCGUCGGACUCCAAGUCCCAAGCAGUUCUUUGACGGGGCCAGCAGAUCGGUCGUGGCCGGAGUCACUGCUGCGGGUGCCGUGGUGGGAGGCGCAUUGUCGUCCAUCCGCGAGGAGGGUAGAGGCGACUAUGACGACGAUCCGCAGCAGCAUCAGCAGUCAAGACGAAAUGGCGAGACGGCCCGGACUCAACGAGCGCCAGAUGCGUCGCAGGGAUACACUCAGACCCAGACUAUUCCUGGCGCAUUACCGACCGACAUUGCGCCUGCUGCUAAGCAACGUCAAGGAGCGAAGAGAGUUAAGACAGUGGCCAUCGUGGUGUCCUCUGUUUUGCCCGCCUCGGACAUCGAUGAACAGAUCUCGGGCCAUGCUUCGAUUCUAGCGCACCUACCUGAGUAUAUCGAACCGGAAACCUCUCGAAUCUUCGUCCUUAUAUACGCGCCGGGGGUGCAGCCUUCUGCUGCUACGAUCGGUUCCAGACAGCCCUUGUCAAUUACAUCUUCCUACUCCAACAUUGCUUCCGAAGAGGGAACUGGUGCAGACACAAGCGAACUCGGGCCCUUGACCAACAUUGACCCCCACCCAACAACUUCAGACGAAUCCCAGCAGCCUUCCUCCCUUUACCGUACCCUUUACGGUCAGGCACAGGCACUUGUCGAUGAUGAAAAUAUGAUCAUGCCCUUUAGUACUCCUGCUGGCCACGUGCAUAUCCUUCGCCAUCUCUCCCCAGAGGUUGUCUAUAUCCAGGAGAGCCUUACCGGUGAUGACGGAGAGAGCGUCACCCAGAUCUCAGGAUGGGUGCGUGAGGUCGUUGUCGUCAUCGGUGACGAGGGCGGACGAGGUGGCCUGGUGGACAGUGACGACGAGUCUACCACUGCAGACAAGGGAGAGCGGUGGUGGCAGAAGGAAGGGGUCACUGGUAUCGGUAAACGAAUCACCGUUGUGGAUGGAGUCAGAAUUGGUGAAGAGUGGAAACGACGAGUUUGCGGCCACGAAUGA